AUGCACAAGGAUGCGGUGUCCUACAUCCUGAGGAUUGAGGGGAGGCCGUACACCAUCCACCUGCAGCAGCAUGCCUUUUUAUCUGACAAUUUCCAGACUUACCUGUCCAGCGAGCAGGGAUCUUUGCACUCUGAUUCUGCCCACACUGAGGGAGGCUGCCACUACUGGGGGUACAUCGAUGGCUUCCCCAGCUCAGCAGUGACCCUCAACACCUGCUCGGGGCUCAGGGGCCUGCUGCAGUUUGAGAACGUGAGCUACGGGAUCCAGCCCCUGGGCUACUCCCCGGCCUUCCAGCACGUGGUGUACCGAGUGAGCGAGGAGCAGAAGGCAGGAGGGGCCCUCCCGGCCCACAGCCCCCCCGAGGGCGGGCUGGCAGCCUGGGAGAUGCUGGACAAGGCCCACAGGGACGAGGAGCCCCUCUCAGCUGCUGCACAGUCUCCCAAAUACCUCACAGUAUAUGUGGUUUUGGACAAGGCUUUGUACAACUAUAUGGGAUCAGACCCGAAUGCUGCGACACAGAAGAUAAUCCAGGCCUUCAAUUUAAUCAACAAUAUGUUUAAUCCCCUUAAUGUCACCAUCGUGCUGUCCUCCCUGGAGCUGUGGGCAGAGGGGGAUAAAAUAUCAACAGCAGGGGACACAGAUGAGCUUCUACAGCGAUUUUUACACUGGAAACAGUUGUCUCUGGAGCCACAGGCACACAUUGCUUCUCUCUUAGGGUACAGGGACCAAGGAGCAUUCAUGGGCGCAGCAGCCCCAGGAGAGGCGUGCCAGAGAGAUGCUGCUGCCACGGUGGCCCUGUACCACGGGAACGUGACCCUGGAGUCCUUCUCUGUGCUCCUGGCGCAGGUGCUGGGCCACAGCCUGGGCAUGAACUGGGACAGCUCCCGAGGCUGCAGCUGCCCCGGGCGUGUCUGCAUCAUGAGCCCCGCGGCGCUCCAUUUCAGUGGGGCAAAAGCCUUUAGUAACUGCAGCAUCAGGGACUUUGAGAGCUUCCUGAAGCAGGGCAGAGGCGCGUGUCUGUUCGGCAGCCCCCGCCUGUCCCGGCGGAGCGGGGCCGUCUGCGGGAACCGCGUGGUGGAGGCGGGCGAGCAGUGCGACUGCGGCUCCGCGCAGGAAUGCCUGAAGGACAGGUGCUGCACUAGCUGGUGUAGACUGAAGCCAAGAGCAAGAUGUGCCUCUGGAUUAUGUUGUAGAAAUUGUCAGUUCAAGAGGAGGAACACGCUGUGCCGCCCGGCCGCCGAUGCCCAGUGCGACCUGCCCGAGUUCUGCAGCGGCUCCUCCGCCUCCUGCCCCGCGGACGUGUUCGUGCAGGACGGGCACGACUGCGGGCACGGCACCGGCUACUGCUACCAGGGGCUGUGCCGCUCCUCGGACCUGCACUGCAAGCGGCUCUACGGGAGAGAUUCAAAGAAUGCUCCCAUGGUGUGUUAUGAGGAGAUCAAUGGCCAGAAGGACAGGUUUGGGCACUGCGGCUUCAAGCAGGGAAAGUACAACUCCUGUACUUGGAGGGACCUCAGGUGUGGGAAGUUAAUCUGCACAUAUUCCUCCCCGAAGCCCUUCUCAGCUCCCUCUGCUGCUGUGAUUUACGCCCGAGUGCAGCAGUACCUGUGCGUGUCCCUGAACUUCCUGAAUGUAUCGGCAUGGCUGGAUCCGCUCCUGGUUCCUCCAGGGACAAAGUGUGGAUCUGGGAGGGUGUGUAUAAACAGCACAUGUCACCCCCUCUCGGUGCUGGGACAGCGAUGUGACAGCCAAGCCACCUGCCACGGCCACGGCGUGUGCACCAACCAGGGCAGCUGCCACUGCCACCAGGGCUGGCAGCCCCCCGACUGCCAGAGGAGGGGCUCCCGCCGGGGCCGCAAGGACGGCAGCGCGUGGCCGACAAAGGGAGGCCUGCAGGGAGCCCUGGAGCACGGGGAGAUGGCCUGGCUGGUGCUGGGCUCCAGCCUCGUUCUGCUCGUCCUCACGGCGGCCCUUGGGCUCGGCCUGUGGCGGCAGGUGCUGCGCCAGUGCCACGGGGAGCGCACCAGCCAGAACAUGGACAGGGAGCUGGAGCCAGACCUGGAGCUAAACCUGGAGCCAGACACAAAACUGGCCCCAGAGCUGCAGACAGACCUAGAGCUAGAGCCAGACCUGCAGAUGAAGACAGACGCACACCCAACACCAGAGCCAGCGCUGGAGCAGCACCAUGGGCACUAAUUAAAGGUGUUGGGCAAAGCUGGUGUCAUGGCCAGUGCCCCACGAUUUUAUGCUUGCAUAGUUGUGUUUUUUGUCAGAGUUAACCCUGCUCUCAGGGCCUAGGGGCCACAGCUGCUGAAAUCGUCCCCUUUUCUCUGGGAGCCUGGCAGCCCCUCAGGGCGGUCCUGGGAGGGGUCAGCUCACAGCCCCAGACAGGUCCCCCAAGGCCUUCCCAUGGGUGGCUGCCCACAGGGACAGAGUUUAAUGUUGGCUCCAUAACAAAGCCUUAUCA